AUGACGCGGUUCCGAACCCACGUCCCACCCCUGGACAGCCCGUCCAAACAACUCAUGCUUGACCUUGUCCGCGACCUCGAGAAAGUCAAAAUUUUCGACGCCGACCUGAAAAAGGUCCACCAAUAUGAGCGAAAGUUGUUUUACGAAAAUCUCGACCGGAUCGACAGUGAGCGUGAAGCGGUCCACACAGCCGCUCUCGACCAGGCCGCCGCCUUCCACGACAGCGUCCGCGAGGAAGCGGAAACGACAUUGAAAGACCACCUCCGCGCCGAAGAGCAAGAGCGCCUACGGAAGGAGGAAGCGACCCGCAAGGAACAAGAACGCGUUGAGCGCGAGAGGGCUGAAGGAUUACGCCGCGAACGAGAAGCAGCUGCGCGUGUUGAAGCCGAACGCCAAGCUAAAGAGCAGGCCGAAAAGAAGGCCCAGGAGGAGGCGGCUAAGAAAGCCGCUGCCGCUGAAACUGCGCGCAAAGCCGCAAUUGAGGAAAAACUUCGCAAAGAACGCGAGCAGGCCGAUGCCGAGAAGCGCAAGCAGGAUGAGGAGGCCCGGAAGGUACAGGAAGAGGCCGACCAAAAGGCUCGCAGCCAAGAGCAGCAGAAACUCGGUGCACGGAACCUUUCACCUGAAGAUAUCCGAGUGCAGCAACGUUAUGUUGAACUACAUAAGACUCUCAAGGACAUGCGCAAGUGGCUUAAGGACCUCGGCCAAAGCCAGCCAGACCUCAAAACGACCAUGGGCAACUUACGGCGCUCGAUCAAGAAAUCUGUUGGUCAGCUUCGAUCUGGCACUGGUGCCAAUAAACAACAGGUUAGGACCCUCCCCCCACUCAAUAGAUGUCAUUGUUUGGACACUGAUUAUUUGACCGAAACCCAGAUUAUCCAACUUAAAGCCGAGCUUGAAAAGGCUCUUGCUUAUUCCGAACCAACAGUGGAUAUCCGAAAUUUUAUCGCAUUCCCACCGGAAGAGAUAGCAAAAACAGAACAAAAGGUACCGGCAAUGCUUAUAUAUGGAUUGAACAUUUUCGCAAAGAGCUUGGUAUCCUCUCUCCUGGGCGAGGCAUCAAUCAAACAAUCCCAUGCCGAGCCGAUCGGCAUUGUUGCCGCCCAGAUUUUUUCCUUUGAUUGCUUCACAUACAAAGGAUUGCACAUGUCCGACAUCCUAUGGGCCAAAUACCGUGUUGUUUGUCCCGCUCUGUGGGGAUUCGUAGGCAAUGACAAGACCGAAGGAGGCCGCCGUGUCAUGGGUUGGUGGCGUUCAGCAGACACUGGCUCAUGGGUCACCGAGGAAGUUCACAUGGAUCGCAUGACAGCUCUCGGUGCCGGAUAUGCUGCUAUGACUCUACGAAAUUUCGCCAAAUCACCACGUCAGAACCCGUUCCCCAACACCAUGUUCUGGGCAUCUAUCCACAAGAUCUUGGCAAUCCCACCUUCGGAAUUACAGGAGACUCAAGUUGCCCUCCUGGCAGCCCUCCUCCGAUCUUCCGGUGAGAGGAUCCUGGGAUUCUUCGGCCAGUAUGGACUGGCUCUGAUGCACUACGUCAUUGUUGACCUCCCCCGCAAGCUCCAGCGGGAGACCAUGGCUGUGACCCAGUUGAGCACUCUGAAGGAGCUGUAUCUGAAGGAGAAGAACUUUGCAUUGUGA